AUGCUCGCGCACGCCAGUAUCUAUUUCCCAGACACGUGCUCGGCCACAGAGCACCGCAUUACUUCGAACGAGAUGGGCAACGUCCUAGCUAGCGUCAUCUUCCUGGCGCAUUGCUGGGUCGAGGAUGAGACUUGCCCUCUUCGGAUUUGGCACCAACACCUUUUCGCGCAGUACUGCAGCCUGGGCACGCUCAGCUCGGCCGUCUUGCGUCUCAUGGAGUUGCGCGGCUACAUCCUGAGGUUGAGCAGCGAGGUGGUUGAGCGCCGGACGCAUGCGCUCCUGGCCGCCCGCGAGGCCGCGGCGCGCGCCUGCACGCCCGUCCCGCGCCCGCUGCUGGCGCGCUCUGGCUACAUCGGCACACACUGGCAGGGCAGCACCUUCCUGCGGCGCGGCCUGGACACCAUCCUGGACACCUGCGUGUCGCGGGCGAGGACGGACGACGGGUGA